UCCAUUGAAGAAAAUGGCGGUUGUUGUAUAGUAAAAAUGGUUAAUCAAAUGAUCAUGUUUCUUUGACCACAUUUCAAUACCAUCGUCACACAGAAUACCUUAAAGUAUUUAUCCAACAUUUAUAGGCAAAAUAAGUUUUUCUGAUUCACUAACAGUUGCUUGUGACGGAGUUAUAGUUCAACGCCAUAACGCGGUUUUCGGCGGCGUUUUGUUAGUGAAAAAUAUUGUUAAGUGUACAAAUGUGUAGUUACUGGUGUAGCAAACAUGCCUUAAUUAUAUUUAGAGACCCAGUUGUGAAUGAUCUUUAUUAAGACUUUAAGAUCGGAGUGAUUUGUCAGUAAAAGUAAUGAACUUAGUUUACAAUGGGUGAAACGGAAGAAUUUAAUACGCUAACCUUUGAGAAGAAACUUAUGCAGUUGAAAGACACUCAGGAGAGCAUCCAAGGACUUUCAUCAUGGUGCUUGAAGCAAAGAGAGCACCACAAGAAAAUAGUGGCUAGCUGGUUGAAUGUUCUGAAACGGGUGAAGGUAGAGCAAAGGCUCACGCUGUUCUAUCUGGCGAACGACGUGAUCCAGUACAGUAAGCGGAAAAACUACGAGUUCGUGGAAAGCUGGGGCCUCAAUUUGCAGAAAGCCACUCCGCUAGUGAGAGAAGAGAAAGUUCGUCAAAAGAUUCUUCGGAUAUUCAAAAUCUGGGAGCAAAGAUCUGUGUAUGAUGAUGAGUUUCUUUCGGACUUGACCGGGCUGUUGAGUGCUGGCGCUGUUAAAAAGACUGAUGAUGAGGCUUUGGACUUUCAACCUCAACAACUAGUAAAUAAAAUAAAGCAAUGUGCAGUAUUGGAAGCAGACACAGACUUGAGGUUGAAAUAUAUCCAUGAGAGUCAUUUGCAGCUGUCCGAUGCUGAUGCCUUAUGUGCUAGUCUUAAGGAAUCUAUAUCGGAAGAUAAAAGUAAUAAAGAAGAUGUGGAAAAGGAGCUAAAUGAGGGUAUCGGAUGUGUAGAAAGGUACACCCAAGCCCUGCAGAGAGAGAUUGUUGCUCGGGAGGCCUUGUUGGCACUCCUUGCUUCAGCUAAUCAGUACUAUUCAACACAGAGAGGUGAAGUCAAAGUAGUGGCUUAUGCAUACAAAAACUUCGGAGCCCGCGUGCGAGCCCUAAAGCGGAAGCUAGACGAACUAAUACCAACUCUGCCUAGCGCCGCCCCGUCGCCUCCUCAGAGAGAUGAGGACGUACCCUCGCCCGGGCCUGAUGAGGACCUGGAUCUGCCCAAUGUUGGUGACGAAGAUAAUGAUGUGUCCUACAAUAUCGACAAGACCUUCAACACAUCUCUCUCAGCGGACGGCUCGCUAUACAACAUGGGUCUGUCGUCGUUUCUCAACUCUGACAACGCGCUCGCGUUGUUCAACGAGAGCCCUCCUAACACCAACAUCAACAGUACUAAUAAAAUCGAAGUGAUAAGUUCGCGGCCGAGUGAGAAUCAAGACUUCAAUAUCAACGAUUUCCUAAAAACGUUGGUGCCCAGUGAAAAUGCUCAAAAUUCAGAUAACAAUUCAGUGGCGAGCGGUACGAUGUCUCAAAAGUCUCAGGACGCGUUGCCGGGCCUAGACUUAUUGUCGGACAGCAACCCGCCACCCCCUACCUCCUUCUAUGGCAGCAUAACUAACAAUAUUGUUUCAGAAGAACCCGAACCUUACCGGCCCGAGGCGCCAAGUCAAUGGAGCACAAACUCAUGGAAUAUGGUUAAUAUCCCCCAAGUGCAAGACAUUCCCCCCGCGGACGUGGACCACAGAGGUAUCCUGCCCCCUCCGCCGCCACCCCCUUCUUUACCUAUCAUGGGACAUAUGGAAGACGUCGACCACAGAAUGCUGCCCCUACCUCCUCCCCCUAUGCCUGUUACGACAGUGUCGAGCAGACAUCCCGUACAACAAGACGCAGAUUAUAUACCAUUUGCCGGUGAGAUCGACUUGAAAGACUUAUUUAUGGACGUGGACCACAGGAACCUGAUCUCGCUGACGCACCAGGCGCCGCGGCCGCCCGCGCCCCGCCAGGUGGCGCCGCCUAUCAGUUUAGACCAAGACUACAGAGUGCCGCCGAUGGUUCCACCGACGGACAUCGUGGAAAGUGUCGACAUGGAUCUGUCCGAGGAUGAGGAUCAGCAGGGCAUGUUCCCCGGCCAACCCGCGAACGACCGGCGCAACAGCUUCAACAACAACAAAGUGCUCGUCGGCGGCGACAACGGCAAGCACAACUUCGUCCGCAACAACAGCUCGGGCGACCGCGAUCUCCGCGGGCCGAGCCCGAGAGAACUCCACCCCCCGCACUCGGCGCCCGCGCGCCCCAUGCGGAACCCCUUCGACAACAUGCCGCCCGAUUUAAAAUACGACGCGCCCUUCCAGAAGUAUCCGUCGGAAUACGACGACGGCACCGACGGUCGGACCGCGGAAGACGACGCGUACGAGGAAGACCUGCGGAGUCGAGGCCUCGAGAACCCCAACAUGCGCAACCCCUCGCCGCCGUUUGAAGAGUUCCAAGAGUGGAACGCGCCCCGGUUCCCCAACAACAGGUACCCGCGCAACUGGAGCCCGCGCGAGCCGCGGCCGCCGCCGCGCUUCCCGCCGCUCCGCGCGCGCCCGCCGCACGCGCCCCCGCACGCGCACGCGCCGCGCUGGCCCGCGCCGCCGCGCCCGCCGCACCCGCCGCGCUUCUGGUGAGCUGAGCGCUGCGGCACGCGCAGAUAACUGUUGGCGCGCGUCUUACACUGACGGUGGCGAGUGAGAGCCGGUCGCGUCGACCGCAAUCGUCACGAGACAGAACACUGGAAAUUUCCAUAUUAAAAAAUGCGAACUCUAAAUUCGGAAAGCCGCAUUUUUGACGGUGACUGAAAACUAUUUUAUCACGGUUGACGGACGCAUCGAUGUCGCGCGACAGAAGUCUCGCCGUCUCUUAAGACUUUGCGAACACUAAAGCCGGGAACGAAUUAGCAGACGCGGCCGUCCGACUUACGGGUAUCUAUUAUAAUGAAUAAACACUGAAUGUUUCGGGCGCGCCGGAUGUUUUUGUCAGCGACAAAUCACAUCCCGAAAACCGCGCACUUAUCAGUCGCGGCCAUGAACGAGUUCGUCAGGGUCCGAUAAUUCGUUCCCAUUCGGCAACGGACGAUUUGGUGCAACCGACCAUGUGUUGAACUAAGAUUGUACGAAACGGUAAUGUGAAUCAGUGAAAACCGGUGGUAUUGUGGAAAGAAAUUACAAUGCAAUAGAUGUCGAAAAAUGUAUUUUCUCCUGGUGUAAUAUGUGGCCUUAUACUGGUUGCGAUCUAACUAAUUCAGAUAAUAUCGGUAAAAACAUAAUGGUCAAAAGUAUGUUUAAAAUGUCUUAAAUUAUGAAAAGGGCUUCGUAAAUUAGUACAAGAACUUAAUUUUUUUUUAUGUAGAUUGUCAGAUGAAUUUUAGUAUGUCUGUUGUAACAAAUGUGUUUAAAUCAACAAUGAUCGUUAAUGUAUCAAUUUUUUGUUUGUAGAAUACUAAAGAUAAAAUAGUAUACUCAAAACAGACAUGAAACACCAAAUCAACUUUUUAAAUAAAUCAAAAUCAAUGUCUUAGUAUCUCGACGCACAUAGUGAAAUUGGUCCUAUUAUUUUGAAAUACAUAUUUUCAAUGUAAUAACUCAAAAAUAGAUAGAGCUGAUUAUAUUAUGUAAUUUUUACCUCGCGUCACUUGCAGUUUUAAUAUUUAAACAUGAAUUUUUAUUUUUAAAUUCUUGAUUCAAAAUUUGAUUUCAUUCCUAUACUCAAUGAAAAUCGAUUUUUUGAUUGAAUAUAUCUCGCGAAGACUCGGAGGACCAUUACAAUUAUUCUAGUGAGCAGUUUAAUUAACACCUGUAACUUAAGUAUCUUUCUAACAAAUAUAUUUGUUAAAUAGUACUUCAUCUGAUAUACUGUCACAAGUAUUAAUAAAACCGCCGCUAGAAAUGUAAAACAAUAAUAUGUACAGAUCUUAUGGAAUACAGUAGGACCUAGCUACCUCUGCAUAUAUUUUGAAACGAAGGUAUAAAUGUCAAAUUUCUAUGAAAAUAUGACGUUUUAUACCAAUCUCACGUCACGUCAAUAUCGUUGCAAAGUUAGUUUAGUCGAACUAUUACCACCUUGUAAAUAAUGUCAUUUGACGUACAAUUUUGACUUGAAAAUGUGUAAAUAGAAGUUAAGCACUGGUCACACAAGUGAGUAAGCGAUGAACAGAACUAUCGGCUAUAGAAACCAACAAAAGAUAAGAUUAAGAUAAGAUUAAGGGAUAAG